UCCUGCUUAUUGCUGUUCACUGGGAUAUGGACAGGGAGGGGCUGCUGGGUUAGCAAAUGUGCUUCCUGCCCAGGAGAGAGACAGAGGCAUCCAUAUACAAGUCACUGCUGCAAAUAUAUUUGAAAGACUACAUAGUAUCAGCUGAGCCUCCUUCUCCUUCCCAGGGACUAGUCCAGCCCUACGUGCAGACUUCAGGAACCAUGGGAGUCACCUGUGUGUCUCAGAUGCCCGUGGCAGAGGGGAAGAGCGUCCAGCAAACCGUUGAAAUCCUAACGAGGAAACUGGAGCUGCUGGGAGCAGAGAAACAAGGAACAUUUUGUGUGGACUGUGAGACCUACCACACCGCUGCCUCCACCAUGGGCAACCAAGGGCAGGCUGGCAAGCUGAUGUACGUGAUGCAUAACUCUGAAUAUCCCCUCAGCUGUUUCGCUCUCUUUGAAAACGGCCCCUGCCUCAUAGCAGAUGCCAACUUCGACGUCCUGAUGGUGAAACUGAAAGGCUUCUUCCAAAACGCCAAGGCAAACAAGAUAGAGAGCCGGGGUACGCGGUACCAGUACUGUGACUUCUUGGUGAAGGUUGGCACUGUUACCAUGGGGCCCAGUGCCCGGGGAAUAUCUGUGGAGUUAAACAGGGUUUCCAAAGUACGUGUCUGGUCUUAAUUCUGCUUAUAAACAACACCCCCACCCUCACCCCUUCUUCCAAAACACCAAGGCAAACAAGAUGGAGAGCUGGGGUACAUCAAAAAUGUAUGUGUUUUUUUUUUUGUUUGUUUUUUACACACACACACACACACACACAAUCUAACAAUCCACCUCACUUCUGACACGCAACAUCCUUGUUAUUCCAGACCCAAGUCCCUCCUGGGCAAAGUGGCAUUUGAACUAAGGUCUGCAGAAGUGAAAGGCUAGUGCAUUAACCUCCGCUGUGCCAUCUAACCCCUGGAGUACCUAGGUCAUUUAAUAAUGAUGCAUCUGUAGCUUUCUGAUAAUCUUUAACUUCCCUCAUCCCCAUUGCUUUUGUAAGUAAAAUUCAGGUGAGUUCCUUGAAUGUUUUCCAGGGUGCUGGCUGGUUUAAUUUUUUCCCUCCUUCGCUUAUUUGAUAAACAUCUCCUUUUAGUUUGCAUAUAUGAGGAGGAUUGUAUAUCCCUUUGUCCCCAAGGGAUUGACGCGUUCUGUAUCAGGGUUCAAAGUUAAUUGUCUCCUGUGUGGUUCCCAUCCACUGCUCCGUGCUUCCGUGCUCCUGUUUCUGUUGCCAGGUGGAAUACUGCCCGUGUGUGGUAGCCAACGACUGCUGGAACCUGCUCAUGGAGUUCAUGCAGAGCUUCAUGGGGAAUCACACGCCUGGAAUCCCAUCUGUGUUUGGCAACAAGCACGACAGCAUCUACAGCCCAGGUGACACAAUGGCUCAGUACAUGGAACUGUUCAACAAGAUCCGCAAACAGCAGCAGGUGCCUGUAGCUGGGAUCAGAUGAAGAAGACUCCAAGAGACCGUUCUUUUUUCUUAAAGUGACUAUCCUCUUUUUUCCCCAAUUGUCCUCGUGGAUCCCCUUGCUCAGUAAUGUCCUAAAGAUGUCUCCCCCUGUAGAAAAGCACCAUUCAUCUCCAUAUAGCAGGGGUAGAAUCAGUUUUUCCUACCUCCAAGCUUGGUCUCAAAUAUAGUGUGUGUUUCAUCGCUCCAUUCAGUGGUUAGCCCAUUGGCGCUGGUGUGUCUCAAUGCACCGGCAAUGCUUGAUUCUGGGGAUAAAUGUUCUUCUGCAGAAGGAUAAAGUAGAAGAUCCAGCUGUGUGUGCACACAGGCAGGGUUUUAUUGUCCCUUAUUUUCCCUGGCGGCUGACUGGUGAAUGUGGGUUUGGGGGAUAUUCGUAUGGAAGCAUUUUGGUACCACUUUAAUAAUAAUAAUAAUUUUUAAAAGGCUUAUUUUCAUAUAAGGAUGUGGAGUCUCUUUAUCCAGCAAGGGUAGUCUGUCAGUCUGUGUGUGUGUUUGUAACAAGUUUUAAUAAUUUUUCUCUGGUGCAGAAGUUGUGUCUUAGCCGCGUUUAUCUUCACACCCUCGAUGGCAAAUAAUUUCCUUUUGUGACAAAAAUCUUUAUCAAUUCUUUGCUGUCCCCUUGCGGUUAUGUUCCUAACUUGCUAUCAUCUUUGAUAGCUGAUGAGUGAAUUAAAACCUUCUGGCUCUCCGAUGAUACAAAUGGAGUCUGGCCUUCCUGAAGGAUUCUUCUCAUCUGUUGAAACAAAGUAUCUGCCACCCUAUCUCAUAGUUAGAAAGGGAUCUGAUAAUAUGGAUAGAGGUCCCUUUGCUUUAAAUCUCUACUCAUCUGCGAAGUCCCAUUGAUUUCAGUGGGACUAUUGAGGUGAGUAAAGGUUUGCAAGAGGCAGACUGAAGAUUUACUGCAGGGCUUGAAUAUCAUACAGCAAUGAUUUAUGUAUCUGGAUGGAAAGCUAGGGCAAUUCCCUCCCUUUAAACCAUCUGUGCCCUUGGCUCUAAACACUGAGUAGCUGCCUGGCUGGGGAAUGUAAAUUUCCUCUCUCCUCUUUAUAUUUUUCUGUGUUUUGUGGUGUUUGCUAAAUAGAUAGCAGCAUGGCCUGUUUACCUCGGUUCUGCAGCUGCAAGACCUUUGUGUAGCUUCCCUGAAACGCCUUCCCAAGGAACUUCACAAGCAAAUAGCUGCAAGGCAAGGAUCUUCUCUGCUUAAUUUCAGAAUUCUGCGUCUUUGAAAUGAGCAGAACUAUCCUGGCCCUGCAGCCACUCCUCCUGCUGAACUCCCAUUGAGGUCAGUGGGAAUUCCAUGUCCAGAGGCUUUGCAGGGUUGUCCGUCCUUAAAUCAUGCCUUAUGUCACACCAGUCUGAGCAAGUAACCUGAGGGACCAGAGUGUGCCUUCUUUAAAGAGCAGAUUCUGCAUCUCCAGCCCAUACACGGAACUUGCACUGCAGCCCUGUGUCUAAAAAGUAAACUGGGCAAAACAGAAGUCUUGGACCUAAAGAAACCCAAUGAUCUUCCAGGCAAGCUGCAAUUGGACAGGGUCUGGGGAGGAAGGUUGAAGAUAUGUUUCUGGAGGAUUGGAGAGAGAACAACUGUUUUGUUGCUUUGAUUUACUGGUUGGCUGAGUUAGUUAAUUCAUCGUUUAUAUAUGAUUGGUUGUGUUUUUUGCUGAAGGGGGGGUCAUUUAUGUCUGUAAGUGUAAUUCAUUAUUGUUACGGCACCUAGAGCUUGUUAUAUGGACAUUUAUUAUUAUUAUUUAACUCUGAAUAAAUUAAAUAACUUGGCAGUGAGUGUUGUAAGCCCUGGUUAAAUGAUUUGCAACAAACAGUAUUUAAAUAAAUUAGCAAUUUGAACAUAUUGGAAGCACGGGGAGCUAGUUUGGGGUCCAGUCUUGCAACUCAAAUGCAUGUUACUCACUGAAUUCUAAUUCUCUCACUGACUUCAGGGGAGAGUCUUGUGAGUAAAGCGUUCAGUGUGUGGCCCUUAGCUCAUUAUUACUCUGUGUAAUUAAGUGUGGCUAGGAUCUUUUUUUAUUAAAGAAAAUGCUGUGGAAUUGUGACUGGAAGAUUAGGCACAUCAAAUGUUGCAAAUGUCUCUUUCAAUACAAAAAAAGUUUUGGUAUCUCAGAUGCAUUUUGUAACCAAAGUCAUAUGUCUUUAAAGAGUAUAAUGUGUGUGCUGGA